GGGGCAUGUGGAUCAUUGACCGAGUGAGCGCUGUCUUCCCGGGGGUGGGGGGAUUACGCACAAAAGACACUAAUGUUGGACUUUAACACCCUUCUUGAUCCAAAUGUUCUAGACGCUUAGAAAAUAAGGAACAUCUGACUGAAUCUAACAGAAAGUAGCUUUCCAGCACUUCUUGGUGACGGAAUUGCGGUUGAUUUGCUCUGAGAGUGUGGAGUUCUUUGUCCGCUACCAGUCACAGAACCAGAAUUUGGACCAUGCACUGGCUCGACACCAUCGUUCAGUGAAAGCUUCUGAAAUAUUGAUAAAGAACGAUAAAUGUCAAUUGGAACAAGUGAUAGAUCAAAUCAAAACAUCUAUUACGUAUGUUUGAGUGACAUAAGAACUACAAGUCGUCUAGUCUACCAGAUAAGAGAAGAAGAACCGAGAGAGAGGACGAAAGGCGGGGUGAUUAGGAAUGCUCAAAACCACACAUACCAAGAACACAAAACAAUUUGUUCCGGUACAUCAUGACCCGAACUAGAGACCUUCAGUACUGAGUCACAGAGGCACAGCCACGCCCCCUAUAGGGGCAGGCUAAGGGCGUGUCCAGACCGGAGAAGCGGUGGGAAGACUAACAAGGCUGCACAAUCAUCAAACACAGUUUGUCCUGGCUUUUCUUCCUGCUUGUCCAUCAAGCAUGCCAGCACCGCUCUCUCUCCCAGGGGUUCUUCUGAUAUUCAUCAUUAUUUUUCACGUGGAAGCGCUUAAACCUCAUCUUUUAGGCAGACGCAGCGUGAGAACAAGUUCUUCCCAGCAGAGAAACCUGUUUUACAAAACUUUCUAUUUUGAUCAGCAGAUCGAUCACUUUGGGUUUCUGGAGAAUGGCACGUUCAAACAGAGGUACCUUGUCAACGACCAGCACUGGCACAAGGCACAAGGCCCAAUUCUGUUUUACACUGGCAAUGAAGGAGACAUCACAUGGUUCUGUAACAACACGGGCUUCAUGUGGGACAUAGCAGAGGAACUUGGAGCCAUGCUUGUUUUUGCAGAACAUCGCUACUAUGGGGAAUCCAUGCCAUUUGGAAAUGAGUCUUACAGCUACUUGAACUACCUGACAUCAGAGCAGGCACUAGCUGACUUCGCAGUGCUGAUUAAGUCGCUGAAGAAGACGCUGCCACGAGCCCAGAACAGCCCUGUCAUUGCCAUUGGAGGCUCCUACGGUGGAAUGCUGGCUGCUUGGCUGAGGAUGAAAUACCCCAACGUAGUUAUAGGUGCUUUAGCUUCGUCUGCUCCUAUCUGGCAGUUCACUGACUUGGUGCCUUGUGGUGAUUUCUACAAAAUAGUCACCCAAGACUUUGCCAAUAGUGGAAUCAACUGCAGCAAAAACAUCAGAAGGUCGUGGACGGCGAUCAACAAUUUGUUCUCAACAGCUGAAGGUCUGCAGUGGCUGUCUAAGGAGUUUGGCCUGUGUUCUCCGCUGAAGGAAGAGGAUCUAUUCAACUUCAAGGGCUGGCUCCAGGAGACCUGGUCGAACUUGGCGAUGGUUGAUUACCCUUACGAGGCCAACUUCCUCCAGCCCCUCCCACGCUGGCCUAUUAAGGUUGUCUGCAUGCACCUUCAGUUUGAUACUGAUGUGCCAGACAAGCAGCUGUUACAUGGCAUCUCGCAGGCAGUGAGAGUAUACUACAACUACACAGGCAGUGCUGUUUGUCUUAAUGUGUCCGAGACUGCUACUGGAAGUCUAGGAAUUAUGGGUUGGUUUUACCAGUCUUGCACAGAGAUGGUGAUGCCCCAGUGUACAGAUGGUGUUCAGGACAUGUUUGAGCCUAUGGCAUGGAACUUCCAAGCUUACUCUGAUGAGUGCUAUGCUCUGUUUGGGGUACGGCCACGGGAGGACUGGGCUGAUACUGUAUAUGGCGGGAAGAACAUUAGUUCGCACAGCAACAUCAUCUUCAGUAAUGGAGGCCUUGAUCCCUGGAGGAGUGGUGGGGUAACUGAGAGUCUCUCUGAUUCUCUGAUUGCCAUUUUGAUUCCUGAGGGGUCUCAUCACCUCGACUUACGCUUCAACAAUGAAUAUGACCCACAGUCGGUCCUCCUUACCCGGAAACUUGAAGUGAUGUACUUCAAGAAGUGGAUCAAACAGAAUACAAGUGCACAAUAACCAUUCAGCACAGUAUAUAGAGACUGAUUAAGUCAUGGACUAACUAAAACCUUACCUUAAGGAAAUCAAAAGGUUGUGCUGUCUACCAAAGAUUUUUUUUUUUUACUAAACAUGACCAAAGAAGGUGCUUAUAUGUAAUUAGACUUUUCAAAAUUUGGCUGAGCAUGUUUUUGUCCAAUCAUAAUAAAAAAAAAAUUCAUGACCCAUUUUA